UCUCCGUCCUCAGGUUGUCCGUCAAUCUGGAGCCACACUGCGGCUGAGACUUCCAGCAAUGGCGCGGAGCUGGUGUCGGUCCUCCGCUGCUGAUCUGCGGCCGAGUCCGGCGUCAGACGACCUCCAGUGAACGUCCACCGGGAGCCGCUCGUCCCCCGACCCCCGAAUUCAGGCGGUUCGAACGGAUGUAAACAGAGUAAAUCUCCGCAAAGUGUGUGAAAGUAGAGGACCGUCGCUUUGCCAUGUCGUUACUGUGCGUCCGAGUGAAGAAAGCCAAACUACAAGGACCUCCAGACAAGUUCAACACCUAUGUGACGCUGAAGGUGCAGAAUGUCAAAAGCACCACCAUCACUGUGCGGGGGCACCAGCCCUGCUGGGAACAGGAUUUUAUGUUUGAGAUCAACCGGCUGGAUCUCGGCCUCAUUGUCGAGGUGUGGAACAAAGGCCUCAUCUGGGACACCAUGGUGGGGACCUCCUGGAUUCCUCUGAAGAGCAUCCAACAAUCAGAGGAGGAGGGUUCAGGAGAGUGGAUUUCCAUGGACGCAGAGGUUCUGAUGAAGGCGGAUGAGAUUUAUGGCACCAAGAACCCAACGCCUCAUCGAGUCCUGCUGGACACUCGCUUUGAACUGCCUUUUGACAUCCCAGAUGACGAGGCGCAGUACUGGACGGGCAAGCUGGAGCACAUCAAUACCCUCAGAAUCCACGAUGAGUACCCUCUUCAGGAUGACGUUCAGAGUCGCCCACUGCCGUUCGCCGCCUCCCAGUGCUCUCUAGAUGACCAGGACAGCGCCGUAGAUGACCGCGACAGCGACUACCGCAGUGAGACGAGUAACAGUCUGCCUCCACGUUACCACACAACGGCUCAGCCCAACUCCUCCAUGCACCAGUACCCCAUGGGGCCUCGGCUGCCGCACCACCCGGACUCCUGCACAGACUCUGUGCACAGUUUUGACCUGGACUACCGGGAACAGAGAGGGAGCAGUCCAGUGGAAAGUAGUCGUUUUGGGUCAUCAGGAAACCUGAGCCAGACCAGUUCCCAGCUUAGUGGCCAGGAGAGCACCGGAGGGUCAGAACUGGAGGAGUCAUUCCAUUCCUACCACAGUACCGGCUUUCACCCCUCCUCCAAUGGACAGCCACGUACAAAUGGACACGCUCCCACCAAUGGACACUCGUCGGCUGGUGAGCAGGAGAUUCACAGGCUUACUCCGGAAUCAGCACGAAGCCUGAAAAAUGACACCCCAGUGGAGACAGUAUUCUCUAAACUCCAAAGGUUCCAUGAUGACGGACCACCGCUACCAUUUUCCCCGUCUAGAGUUCGAUGGUUGAAGGCCAUCAAUAAAGUCAGGGUUCAGCUCCGGGAGGUCCGAGAUGAAGAAUCUAAUCCUAGACAGGCCUGGGUCAAACCAGGUGGUGGUUCUGGUCUGUAUGGAAUCGACAGUAUGCCAGACCUGCGUAAAAAGAAGCCAAUCCCCUUGGUCAGCGAUGUGGCUAUGUCCCUUGUCCAAGCCAGGAAGGCGGGUAUCGCAUCUGCUAUGGCUGCGCGGUCCUCGAUCAAGGAUGAGGAGUUGAAAAACCAUGUGUACAAGAAGACACUGCAGGCUCUCAUCUACCCCAUAUCUUGCACGACACCGCAUAACUUUGAAGUGUGGACUGCCACUACACCCACAUACUGCUAUGAGUGUGAGGGGUUGUUGUGGGGAAUCGCACGCCAAGGCAUGCGUUGCUCGGAGUGCGGUGUCAAGUGCCACGAGAAGUGCCAAGAGCUGCUGAAUGCCGACUGUCUGCAGCGUGCUGCGGAGAAGAGCUCUAAGCACGGAGCUGAAGACAAGACUCAGAAUAUCAUCAUGGCCAUGAAGGACAGGAUGAAGAUUCGGGAAAGGAACAAGCCAGAAAUCUUCGAACUCAUCAGGGAAGUGUUUGUCAUCAGCAAAGCCAUCCACGCACAGCAGAUGAAGACCAUCAAACAGAGCGUUCUGGACGGGACCUCGAAGUGGUCGGCCAAGAUCACCAUCACAGUUGUUUGUGCACAAGGACUUCAAGCAAAGGACAAGACGGGAUCCAGCGAUCCGUAUGUCACAGUUCAGGUGGGAAAGACCAAGAAAAGAACCAAGACCAUUUAUGGAAACCUCAACCCUGUCUGGGAGGAGAAGUACCACUUUGAGUGCCACAACUCCUCAGACCGAAUCAAAGUGCGUGUGUGGGACGAGGAUGAUGACAUCAAGUCCAGGGUUAAGCAGCGUCUCAAGAGGGAAUCUGAUGAUUUCCUCGGCCAGAGUAUUAUUGAAGUUCGAACGCUGAGCGGAGAAAUGGACGUCUGGUAUAACCUGGAGAAGAGGACGGACAAGUCGGCGGUGUCGGGUGCCAUUCGCCUCCAGAUCAACGUGGAGAUUAAGGGAGAGGAGAAAGUGGCUCCGUAUCAUGUGCAGUACACGUGUUUGCAUGAGAACCUGUUCCACCAUUCGAAUGACAUGCUCGGACAAGGUGUGGUGAAAAUCCCAGACCCUCGUGGAGAUGAUGCCUGGAAAGUCUACUUUGACGACGUGGCUCAGGAAAUUGUGGACGAGUUUGCCAUGCGCUACGGGAUCGAGUCCAUCUACCAAGCCAUGACUCACUUUGCCUGUCUGUCAUCUAAGUACAUGUGUCCCGGGGUUCCUGCAGUGAUGAGCACCCUGCUGGCCAAUAUCAAUGCUUUCUACGCCCACACUACCGCCUCCACCAAUGUGUCCGCCUCCGACCGCUUUGCUGCCUCCAAUUUUGGGAAAGAACGCUUUGUCAAGCUCUUAGAUCAGCUGCACAACUCACUGCGCAUUGACCUCUCAACAUACAGGAACCACUUCCCUGCCAGCAACAAGGAUCGUCUGCAGGAUUUAAAAUCCACCGUGGAUCUUCUCACCAGCAUCACCUUCUUCAGGAUGAAGGUCCAGGAGCUACAGUCUCCGCCCAGAGCCAGCCAGGUCGUGAGGGACUGCGUCAAGGCCUGUCUCAACUCCACGUUUGACUACAUCUUCAAUAACUGCCACGAGCUGUACAACAGACAGUAUCAACCUGCAGACACAAACAAGGAGGACGUCCCUCUGGAGGAGCAGGGUCCCAGUGUCAAGAACUUGGACUUCUGGCCCAAACUCAUCAUGCUCAUCGUCUCCAUCAUCGAAGAGGACAGGAACUCCUACACACCUGUGCUCAACCAGUUCCCUCAAGAGCUGAGUGUAGGGAAGGUGUCAGCAGAGGUCAUGUGGACAUUGUUUGCUCAAGACAUGAAGUAUGCUAUGGAAGAGCACGAGAAGCACAGACUGUGUAAGAGCACCGACUACAUGAAUCUGCACUUCAAGGUCAAGUGGCUCUACAACGAAUAUGUCAAGGAGCUGCCAAGCGUCAAGGGCGUUGUUCCCGACUACCCCUCAUGGUUCGUACAGUUUGUGCUGCAGUGGUUGGAUGAAAAUGAGGACGUGUCUGUUGAGUUCAUGCACGGAGCCCUGGAGAGAGACAAGAAAGAUGGAUUCCAGCAGACGUCUGAGCAUGCUCUGUUCUCCUGCUCUGUCGUGGACAUCUUCACGCAGCUCAACCAGAGUUUUGAGAUCAUCAAGAAACUGGAGUGUCCCGACCCGAGCGUCAUGGCUCAGUACAGUCGCCGCUUCUCCAAGACAAUUUCCAAAGUGCUCCUGCUGUACAGUGCCAUUCUGACCAAGAACUUCCCUUCUUACAUUGACAAGGAGAAGAUUCCCUGCGUCCUGAUGAAUAACGUGCAGCAGUUGAGAAUCCAGCUGGAGAAGAUGUUUGAGUCGAUGGGGGCCAAACAGCAAAAUGAAUUGGUGGAAGAAGAGGAGGAGGAGGAGGAGGAGGAGGCAGUAGAUGAAGAGAAACAGGUUGUUACCGAUGAGCAGGAGGAGGCGGGAAAGGCUCUGGUGCGUACUGCUGAUGUAGGAGAGUAG